AUGCAGAGCCACGUCACACAGAGCCACGUCAUACAGAGCCACGUCAUACAGAGCCACGUCAUACGACCACGUCAUACAGAGCCACGUCGCCAGAAACCCGCCAUACAGAGCCACGUCGCUGACCCACGCCAUACAGAGCCACGCCAUACAGAGCCACGUCAUACAGAGCCACGUCAUACAGAGCCACGUCGCCAAACCACGUCACAAACCACGUCAUACAGAGCCACGCCAUACCGACCACGUCAUACAAGCCACGUCGCCACAGAGCCACACGCGCUACGAACCACGUCAUACAGAGCCACGUCAUACAGAGCCACGCCGCCACAGAGCCACGUCAUACAGAGCCACGCCAUACAGAGGCCACGCCAUACAGAGCCACGUCAUACAAGACACGCCAUACAGAGAGCCACGCCAUACAGAGCCACGUCAUACAGAGCCGCCAUACAGAGCCACGCCAUACAGAGCACGUCAUACAGAGCCACGCCAUACAGAGCCACGCCACCAUACAGAGCCACGUCAUACAGAGCCACGCGCCACAGAGCCACGCCAUACAGAGCCACGUCAUACAGAGCCACGCCAUACAGAGCCACGUCAUACAGAGCCACGUCGCCGCAGAGCCACGUCAUACAGAGCCACGUCAUGCACAGAGCCACUCCACCACAACGCCAUACAGAAACCACGUCAUACAACCACGCCCGAAACCACGCCCUGAGAGCCACGUCAGAGCCACGCCAUACAGAGCCACGCCAUACAGGCACGUCAUGCAGAAACCCACGUCACUACAGAACCGCCAUACAAACCACGUCAUACAGAGCCCGCCAUACAGAGCCGCCAUACAGAGCCACGUCAUGCAGGCCACGUCAUACAGAGCCACGCCAUACAGAGCCACGCUCACAGAGCCACGUCAUACAGACACACAUACAGAGCCACGCCACACAAGCCACAAGACACACAGAGCACGUCACAGAGCCACUGCACAGAGCCCACAGAGAUACAGAGCCACGUCACAGAGCCACACAAGGCAACUGUACAGAGCCACGUCACAGAGCGCGCGAGGCCACAGAGCCAGAGCCAAGGCUCACAGAGCACCCACAAGCCACACAACUCCAUACAGAGCCAUGCUGCAGAGCCACGCCAUACAGACACAUGCUACAGAGCCGUCACAGAGCCAACGCCAUACAGAGCCACGCUACAGAGCACGUCAUACAGAGCCACGUCAAGGCAGAGCCAGCAUACACGAGCCACGUCAAACAGAGCCCGCAUACAGAGCCACCACAGACACGUCACACAGACCGUCGCCUGACCAAGCCACGCAUCACAGAGCCACGCAUACAGAGCCACCCCAACUACCGAGAGAGCCACGUCAUACAGAGCCACGCUACAGACCGACCGCCACAAGCACGUCAUACAGAGCCACGCAAGCAAACCACGCCCGCAGAGCAACGCCGCAUAAAGCCACGCUCAGACGACCACGCCAUAAGAGCCAUUACACACACAGUAACAUCAACAGAGCAGCUGGGUUCAAAGGAGCGGCGAGAUCAUGACGUCUGUGAUCUUACUGUCUUUCCACACGCAUAG